CCGGCUGCCGUGGUGACGUCACUCUCCGCUGGGUACACUGUGCUGAUCCAGUAAUGCUGACAGGAUAUGCCAACAGAACGUUCUUCCUCUGAAACAACCAGCCUUCCAGCGAUGUAGGUGCGAUAUCUAGGUAAAUCUGACCUAACAUGGAGUUCCCCGUCGUAUUUGGGCCUUUGGCACCUUAUUGCCUCCUCCAACUGGGACCAAUACUCCUAGGCAUUGCUGUGAGGUGUAUUGCCGGAGACCCGUGUCUGUCUCACACCACCAUAGACGAGCCGAGGAGGAGUAUAAACUACCCGCUGUCUCCUGGAGAGGCCGAGCUGUGCGACUCCGGACUCCGCAGGGGCUGGUACAGGUUCCACAGCCUCGCCGGAGGACAGAUGCCGACCGCGUGUGUUUCAAGAUAUUCGUGCGGCACGCCGGGUCCGGUGUGGAUGAUGGGAACACAUCCUGAGGAACCCGGACAGAUAGCACAGGCAACCGCCUGCGCACACGUGGGCCGCAACUGUUGCCAGUUCCCCGACAGAAUCCAGGUCAGGAACUGUGGAGACUUCUUCGUCUACUACCUCAACAGAACACGCGGGUGUGGCAUGGCCUACUGCGCAGGUACAGAAGUCCAAUGUCCUCCAGGCCAGUCGUCUCCAACUGGUUUUACUCCAGACUGUCAACCUGUCCAAGGAUCUGGACCACUCACGGAAGAAGGACAGGACACUCACACAACGUACGCCACCCUGAAGGAGUCCACCGUGCCCUUCACCACAGUCGUUGUAGCAGCCGGUCUCACCUCCGGAUUCUUCGUCUCGUUAGUAGUGUUUAUCGUCGCGGCUGUUGUGUACAAACAGCGCGGUGAUGUGAUAUACGGACACGAGAGUCGGAGUGGAGAGGCGGGUAUUAGUCACAUGAUGGACUUAGACGGACACAGGAGUAGAGAGAGAGUGCAGUUUCCUCAUUUGCACCAAAAUCGCCUCAGUACAGCAUCAAAUAAUGACUACGUUUACACCUAGAAUAUGAACGGUAUUUGGACACUAGGUGAUGGGUUUUACCUGGAAAGGAGCACGAAGAUAAGCGCUGGGCAGAAAAAAGUGGAAAGCAGUGGUGGUGGCCCGCAUCGUCGACAAAUUAUGGUGAUGACGUCGACGAUGAACAGUGUUUCAGUAGUAGUUAUGUUGCCCUGGGCAUUUAGGAAGAUUAGACGCAAUAGAAGCUGAGCCAUUUCAUACUAAGUUAUCCUUAUCAACAACUCAGCCCACAGUCCACCACUCCAAAGUAUACCGCAAACGCCGAUUUUCCACCUCUGCGGGUCCGGGGCACCACUAAGCGGAUAAGAACAGUAUGACAACACAGAAAUAUUGACGUUGACAUACUUAGCUGCAGUUUUACUCCAUUCCGCUCUGAGUUACAGUGGCGUCCUUGUACCACCACAACCUGGAGAAGAAUCUUGACAAAGUGUGUACUUUGUCUUGCAGAAGACGAGAGUUAGUCUGUUGCGCCGGUGUAACAUUUGUUCUUC